UCGAGGCGUAAGAUGCGCGGGUGCGCAUGCCCCGUUGCUCCCGACUGUGCUUGCAGUCAGUCCAGUGCCAGCUUCCAGCGGUGUCAGAAGCUGAAUUGAUUAUCUCAAGAGAAUAGAGAAUAAAUAAUGUCGAGUAAUAAGGGCAGCGUCAAGCCACCAAGAAAGCUCACCGCCAAGGAGCCGCACGAGAUGAGCCAUGCUGAGAAGCUGCGACUCAUCGACGAUGAACUCAAUGCUUUUUACAAGUACUGUCAGCAGGCCGGCUUUACCGAGGAAGAAAUGGACAUAAUCUGCCAUCCCCUGGUGGCGGCUAUGCGUCGUUCCUGGCUUCAGCUGGUCUUCCAGGCAUCUCUGAUCCUCAUCGGCAUAGGCACCUUGAUCUGUCUGGCCGGUCAGUUGGACUUUGUCGGCGCGCAUUUCUCAGCUUUGGGACGACUGGUCAUGAUCAAGCUAUUGCCCGUGUGGAACUGGCAGCCGCUCUACUACGAGAACUGCAUGAUGAACAAUCCCUUCUACCAGGACUACCCCAUCUCCGAGGAGGACUGCGUCGCUUGCGAAGCUCUAGAAAGCAUCGACCGACUGUCCGACGUUCGUUAUCGCCAGCUGGUCGACAAUUACUUCAGCCGCGACGCACCGGCCAUCAUCACCGAUGCCAUGCACUCCUGGAGCGCCAUGAACACCGACUUCUUCUGGUUCGAGAACAUCACCCAGCUGUAUUUGGAGAACGAGAGACUCAUGGAGACGGUGCCCUGUGCGCUUACUUCGAAUCUGAGAACCGGAUCGUCGGACUUGGCAGCUUUUCUGAGACGAGUUCAUUCACCCGGCGUUGCUAAGUGGUUUGUACACUGGCAGAAUUGCGACAUCAACGCGGUGAAGGUGCUAAGGAAAUACUACCAGAGGCCCUACUUCCUGUCGAGUACCGUGUCGCCGGCGCACUUCAACUGGGUGCUCAUGUCCUCGGACUACAAUAGCCCUAAUUACAAAAGGGUCGAACUGGACUCGGGUCUCAUUGCGUUGGCACAGCUGAGGGGAGCAACGCAGUUGAGACUGACGCCUAUCAACCCUUGCAACAGCUCUUGUCCGGAGCUCAUUGCUGAUCUUCAUCAAGGCGAAAUGCUCGUGUUCACCAACUUGAUGUGGAACCUCGAAUACGCACCGAUGAGGGGAUUGGAUAACAUAGCCAUCCUGACGGAGACCGUCUGGGAAGAGGAGACGUAAAUCUGUUACGGCUUGCUUACAUCUCUCGUCGUUUAUUUACACUACUAUCAGAAAAUUAUAACAAAGAACGUGAAAUAAUAAUUGUAAAACAAAAAUAAGAGUAAGCGAAUAAAGCAUUUUUCUUCAAUGUAUACUAUGAUGACUAGAUUAGAAGUAACAACAGA